AACCCUCCAAGAUGGCGGCUCCCAGGAUUGUGUUUUUAUUUUGUCGUUAAGUUGAAAUGUUCAGUUUUUAUUCUUGUAGUUAAUGGUCGCUUCUCUCUUCGCCCUGAGUUUCACAUGUUACUUUACAUCGAUUGCGCGACUGGCUGAUUGAACGGGAUAUCAGGGGACUUUGCUCAGCAUGGCUACCGAUAACAAAAUCCAGUUUUGGAAGAGGAAUGCAAAGGUUCCGGCAAGUUUACAGCCAGUAUAUGGAGCACAGCAUCCUCCUCUUGAUCCCCGGAUACACAAGACUUUUUUAAAAGAAGCACCCAAGACUAACGCAUUGUCUAUAAAAUCAAAAAAAGCUUCAAGUUUUCUUGAGUUUGCCCGGAGCACCAGCGAUGCCUGGGACAUUGGCGACGAUGAGGAAGAGGAGUUUUUGGGCGGCCCUCCCCCUAACACUCCUCCCAACCUCAACUCCAAGGUAGCUGUGGCAACGGCGGCACAGGUCAUACACAACUACAGCAAGGUCCGAGAGAAACCAGAGUGGCCACAAUCAACAGAGAGGGUCCAGGCCAACGGGAGCGUGGUGAAGUCAAACAGCGCCGCGCAGCUAUCCCAACCCUCAGAUGGUUCUUCAUUUCGGAAGCCGCUGCACAAACAGCAGUCUCUCCCCUUGCGGCCCGUCAUCCCCCUGAUCGCGAGGAUCUCGGACCAGAAUGCCUCUGGGGCUCCGCCGAUGGCCGUCCGAGAGAAAACAAGGCUGGAGAAGUUCAGGCAACUUCUAGCAAGUCAGAACACAGACUUGGAAGAGUUGCGGAGAUGCAGCUGGUCCGGCAUCCCAAGAGAAUUCCGCCCAAUUACAUGGAGGUUACUGUCGGGUUAUCUGCCUGCAAACAUGGAGAGGAGAGAAAUCGUUCUGAAGAGGAAACGGGACGAGUAUUUUGGGUUCAUAGAGCAGUAUUACGACUCCAGGAACGAGGAGCAUCACCAGGACACCUACAGACAGAUUCAUAUUGACAUUCCAAGAACGAACCCGCUUAUUCCUCUUUUCCAGCAAGCCCCUGUACAGGAGGUCUUUGAACGCAUCCUCUUCAUAUGGGCGAUUCGUCAUCCCGCCAGCGGAUAUGUGCAGGGGAUCAAUGAUCUGGUCACUCCGUUUUUCGUUGUUUUCCUCUCAGAAUUUGUUGAGGAAGAUGUGGAGAAUUUUGAUGUGACAGUCCUACCUCAACAUGUGCAAAGAAACAUCGAAGCUGACAGUUUCUGGUGCAUGAGUAAACUGCUUGAUGGAAUCCAGGACAACUACACGUUUGCUCAGCCAGGAAUUCAGACAAAAGUGAAAGCCCUGGAAGAGCUAGUGAGCAGAAUCGAUGAGCAUGUCCACAAUCACUUCCAGAAGUACGAAGUGGAGUAUCUGCAGUUUGCAUUCCGGUGGAUGAAUAACCUGCUAAUGAGGGAGCUUCCCCUGCGAUGUACCAUCAGACUGUGGGACACUUACCAGGCUGAGGCAGAGGGCUUCUCUCAUUUCCACCUGUACAUCUGCGCUGCUUUCCUCAUCAAGUGGAGAAAAGAAAUCCUGGAGGCAGUGGACUUCCAAGGUCUGUUGUUGCUGUUACAGAACCUGCCUACAAUACACUGGGGGAAUGAAGAAGUGGGACUCCUGCUGGCAGAAGCCUAUAGACUCAAGUAUAUGUUUGCAGACGCGCCGAGUCACUACAGGAGAUAAGAGGAGGAUGCAAACCUACAAGGGAGUCUGUUUUGUGGAGUUCUGUACACUGUAGGCAGCUCCGCGGUCAUGGCAGACAUUUCAAGUGCUGUUCAAUCAUAGUUUUUUUUAUUUUUAUUUGUUUUAAAGUUGCCGUACCAGAACGUUAAUGUCUGAGUCAGCUGGAAAGUGACACUGGGGGCACGACCUUCUUCAUUUCCCAAUUGACGAAAUUCACAGAGAAAGUUCCGUUCAAGUUUAAAAUAUGCUUGACUUGGAACGUAGGAUUGUAAUCAAUAACCUUGCUUCAGUUUGGCUGUACAGAUAAAUGAUUGAGAAAUAUUUUCCAGCUAUGGACAUGCAGCCUUCAAUAUUCCUAAAUGAUUAUUCUAUUAUGUAGGGUCUAGUAACUUAGUAUUCCUAUUGUGAAACUACAAAUCAACUGGAAUUGGAAUGGAACAUUAUGUAUGUUUCUUGUGUAGUUUCCUAUUGCAAAUACUGUAGGAGCCGGGCUCUUAAGGACUACGCUAUUCUAUAUAGUAUGAGAACCAGAUAUUUUAGCAGUCCUGGGUGUCUGAACUCCUGAUAUAGUUUUUGUUGGUCAUUUAUCCAGUGGGUUAGUACAGUUUCGAGCCUUCAGUCCUUAUGCUGAAACAGCAUUCCCAAUAAACUGACCUGUCAGUCAGCAGAUGGACCUGAAUUGAAAGAUUAACUUGCCCCUUUAAAGUUAGAAGGAAAAUGCAGUGUUCAUACAAUUCUCUCAUGAAACCAUGAUGGGCAAAUGUACGCAUGCACAGUGUCAUUGCAGAACGUUUGGCAAACUAUCUGGGAUGUCCUAAACAUCUUGGCCUUCACAUCUGGUUUUAUUAUGAUUAUGUUUUACAUUGGCAACCUGGAUGGUGGGGAUUCCUAAGAGUGACACACACCAGGACUCGCUCGAUAGAAUCUGAAUAAAUCCCAAAUAGUGAUUCAGUGCUAGAUGUCAAGUUUAGAAUCUACAGUUUUACAGUAUGUUCUGUCCUACGCUGUAACAUUUGUCCAAAUACACAGUACACAUUUCACCUAUUCAUAAUAUUGUCCCAGGCUGGUCUCUAGCACCAAUUAACGACACCCAAGGCCUGUGGCAGAUCUAAGAAAGACUGCAGAACUUCAAAUGAAUAUCAAGAUAUUUGAAAGCAGAACCACAUCUAUUUAGCAACAGUAAGAAUGUCAUUGAAACACAAACACAGUAUUUUGACAUGCAUACAUUUUUUGGAAAACUAAUUGCAUGCCAUUCCAAACAUUCAAGACUUGAUUUUAGGGAGAGCGAAAGAAGAAAUUUUAGAUUUUAUGUUUUCAAUCUAUUUGUUACCUUAUAAAUUACGAAGCAGCCAAAAAAUAUAUUUAAGAGACCACCCAGUGUACUAGCUACUGUUUUUGUUUUUAGUGCUGUGUUAAAACUUAUAACCAGGUACCUUGUAUGGGGUCACAUGAUGGGUACGGAAAAUACUUGUCUUAAGUAUCAAAGGGUGCAGUACAUCUCUUUUAUUGAUCAACUGUUCUGAUAUUAAUAAAAAAUAACAUGCUACAGAAAUGAUACAUAAUGUUAUGUUGAAAAGAAAUGUAUUUUUAUUUUUUUGUGUUGUGAAAGUUUUCAAUCUGGGUUGUUUUGUUGUUUCUUCCUGUAUAUGGGCAAAUAUGUACAAUAUUCUAAUGUUCUUUAUUUGUAUUACUUUUGUUUUAUAUUUAUACAGAAGUUUGAAGAUUUUGUUAAACAAGAUUGUAUAGCCCACAUGGCCUAAAAAAACUAUUUUUCAGUGUCUUUCUUUUAACUCAUUAACAUAUCUUUUAAGAAUGUGUAUUUAAAAAU